AAAUAGACCGUGUCAUUUAAAUCUCACCUAAGAUAUGGAAAUUACAGUUUCACUCACUCAGUACACAUUCACUAUUUGUUCAGUAAACAUCAAAGUCUUUGCUUAUUUAUUACGAGUUUUUAAGUUAUCGAAUUUAUUGAAUAUAACAAUGUAUAAAAAACACAGUCUUAACUUUUUAUUCCUGAUACAAACAAUAACAGUAUUAUUUGUCACAAGUCUUAUUACACUCAAUUCAACGGAAAAACUUGGAGAAACAACUGUAACUGAUACAGAAGCUGGAAACAAAAAAGAGAUUUCGAAGCAGGAUGCGGAUGUUUUGUCACUAGAACGAUAUUUUCAAGACAUAUUUUCUGAACAUGUGGCACCUCUCCAAUUUGAAUUUGGUCACGUCUAUGAGAAUCCUAAUGAGUGGGAGCAGAGAUUCGAACGAAAAGACUUUGACAACAAUCGCCACAGUGGCAAGGUAAAAUGGGGUAACAAGAAUGGCGAGUAUGGUGAACAAUAUUGGGAUCUGAACCAUUGA